AAGAAAUUAGUAACGAGUAUAUGAAGCUUCAUGGUCGAUGGAUAAGUUAUGAAAGACAGUGCCCUAACUCCAACAGAGGCUACGAUUUGCUGAAAAGAUCAUAAACAACAACAACAUUAACGAACGAGCUCACAACGACGAUAACAGUAGGACAACAGGUGAACUAAGUUUUUAAUACCUACUUCGCUGCUAAUUAUCGUUCUUUUGAGUUGCAAGCAAGGGGCGUUUAGUAGAUAUGAGUUGGUCCUGUAGUAACUAUCUUUGCUUGUCGAGCUCAACCUCUAGCUCUGUCGUCAAUUCCAACGAACUUACCAGGUUUACCAGAUGCAAGCUGUCUUGUGAGUAUGAAGAACAAAGAAGGAAACAUCAUGACCUAAAGAAACCAAUAAACAUUUUUGCUUACAACGGCUUGAAAUCUCCAUCUUAUAAACUCGACAAACUCCAAAAAAGGAAAGACCAUGUCUUAAAGAAGCCAAAAAACAUUUCUGCUUACUACAGCUUGAAACCUCCAUCUUAUAAAUUGGAUGCUCUAGAGCCAUAUAUGAGCAAGAGGACUCUUGAGGUGCAUUGGGGAAAGCAUCACCGUGGUUAUGUGGAGAUUUUGAACAAGUAUCUAUCCAAGAACGAUGUAUUGUAUGGAUACACAAUGGAUGAAUUGAUCAGAGUGACAUAUAACAGUGGAAAUCCAUUGCCAGAAUUCAAUGUUGCUGCUCAGGUCUGGAAUCAUGAUUUCUUCUGGGAAUCCAUGCAACCAGGAGGUGGAAACUUACCAAUAUUGGGUCUAAUGGAGCAGAUUGAAAAGGAUUUUGGUUCCUUUGCAGAUUUCAGACAAGAGUUUAUAGAAAGUGCCCUGACAUUAUUUGGGUCUGGCUGGGUUUGGCUUGUUUUAAAGAGGAAUGAGCAACGACUUGCAAUAGCUACAACAACAAAUGCUGUAACCCCUCUUGUGUGGGAUGAUAUUCCUCUACUUAGUUUGGAUAUGUGGGAGCAUGCUUAUUAUCUGGAUUACAAGAACGACAGAGCCCGGUAUGCUAAUGUCUUCAUGGACCAUCUUGUGUCAUGGAACGCGGUAUUAGGCCGCAUGGCUCGUGCCCAGGCCUUUGUGAAUUUAGGAGAACCCAAGAUUCCUGUUGCCUAACAUCCCUCUUCUCUCCCUAUCUCCUUUAGGUAGCAAGUUUUGCUAGUAUUAAUGUAACUUCUAUUUUUGCAAAAUGCUUGGUGAGUAUUUUAGUUUUUGAGGCUAAAUGCAGACCUGGAUUUUAGGCAUGAAUGAUUGCAAAUACGGCAUUGUAUAUGAUUGAAAUUGCAGUAAAAAUCCUUGUAAGAA